GCUUUACAUUCUUUUUCUUCCCACCUCUUCCGUGGCAACCCUCGCUUCAAGCAAACGCUGUAAUACCACCACCGCCCACCACCAUGCAACGGACUGAAUUAUGUUGAUUCUGCGGGGCUUGAGCGCCCUCUUCGUGGGAUUAACAGUUGUCACCCAGGCUUCGCCUUCAGAGUCAUUGCGACUAUCUCGUUCGCUUCCUCUCGAGUCACACCUUCUGAGGACGAAUGCGGAGGAACUACUCGAGAGUGCUGGCAGGGAAAACGAAGGCCAUUCAUCCCUGUCAGCCCAAUUCGUUCGUUUACUACCCAGAGGGUCAUUACAUCGACGGCGUCAAGAUCCGUCGCAGAGAAGAGUUCUUUCGAGGGAUGAGGAGUAUGCUUCCUCAACUCCGGCGGCGUACUCGGGGAAGAAUGGGACAAGAUUGGCCUGCGAGGGCUGCCCAGAUGACGGGACAACAUGCAGUGAGGGGGGUUGCACUUCUUUGCGUAACCCGGAAGCGGUAGCUACGGCGGUUAUUGUGACCACGACGAGCACACACACCGUCACGUCGUUCACAGGGGGCCAGACCUUUGUGGAGAUAAGCACCGUCUUCGAGACACUUACCAUGGUCGAUCCAUCGGAGGAGACUCAGACAAGCACGAUCUCAAUAACCUCGUUCUUUAAUCGGAGAGGAAUUCGCACUGCUCGAUCAGAAGGGUCGUCAUUCCCCAAUGCCACAAUCGCCCUUGGACGGCGACAAGAUCCCGCACCCACGGGCACAACAGUGACGGUGGACACCACAACUACGAUUUAUAUAUCCGGUGAUACUACCGUCACCAUACCACAGACCGUGUUUGUGACGACUACAGUGGCUCCAAAUGCUGUGACUACAAUAUAUACAACUACCACUAUCUACACGGGCCGUCCGGAAGGAACUACAACCGCAGACACAAAUCCGACAACAAUCAAUACAUCCCAGCCUCUCCCAUCAACAUUAAGCACAUCUACAUCAGAACCUUCGUCGGGAUCGGCCUCAGUAGAGCCAACCGAAUCAACGACUCCGAUUUCUACUUCACAGAGCUCGAGACCUCAGUCGAGUUCACUUUCGACAUCCUCUUCAGGCUCGACUUCGAUCACUAGUGCGACAUCAGAGACGAUGACGAGCACCACAUUCGGCAGUUCUACCGCUGCCCAACCCACGAGCACCGAGGCUCCCCUCCCCGGACCGAUGACGCAAGAGCCCCCUCCCAACCUCUCGCUCAACUCGGAUCAGAUAGCCGGAAUCGCGCUAGGCGCCAUCUUCCUCCUCUUUCUCCUAGUAGCCUUCGGCUUCCUCCUUCGGUGGAUCGUCCGCCGCCGGCGCAGUCGUCAGGCAGUGAUGCGGCAGCAGCUGUCGCAGCCGACCUCGGCGACUUCGGCGCGGACGGGCGACCUCCUGGCCACGGGGGGCUCGAGCCGGAGCGGUGGCGGCGGGGGCCGGACCGACGCAGCGAGCGGCGGGGGCGCGUCGGGCCUGACGGGCCAGGGCGAGGUACGCAUUGUCAUCCGACCGGCGCCUCCGAAGGCGAGGCGGACCCAGAGCUCGGGCCUCUGGCCCAUGCCCCCAGGCCACGGGGGCCAGACGUAUAGCUUCUUCGUCGAGGAGACCACCACCGGCGAGACGACGCCCCAGGACCCCGGCGAGUGGAGCAUCGCUAGCGAGAGGGGCAGCAGCAACGGGCAGGGCCGCGGCGGCAGCGGGGCGCCAUCCCCGUCGGGGGCGGCGGGUGAUAACGGCAGCCCGAGCCACAUCAGCGUGGGCUGGGGGACUAGCAUCGGAGCCUCGAGUCAAUAUCCCAGCGGCGUCACUACCGUGAACGCUAACCUCGCGCCGCCGCCAGCCACGCACGGGAACAGGAGGUGGCGGCGGAGCAGCAGCAGCCGCAGGGGGACGGGCGGCUCCGGGAUAGGAAACGCGUUCUAA